AUGGUUUUGCAAACAAAAGAAACCAUCACCGCCACCUUCUCCACGGUCUCCGGAUCCGAACCGUCGCCCGCACUGCACCGCCAUGUUGUCCACCGUCUCCAGAUCCGGACGCGCCCAGGCUCGCGCCGCUUCAGCCCCGUCCUAGCCAGCAACAGCCGCGGCCUGCUCCGAGAGGGUGGGAUUCGAGUGGGAGUGAGAGUGGGUGUGAAGGAGAAGAUGGAGGAAGCUGUGGAACGAGAGAGAGACCCCCUAGGGAAUGCUAUGCUGCCUAUCCGUUUCUUCAAGAUCAUUCUUAAAACUAAUCUUCAAAGGAUUAAAAUACCCAACAAGUUUGCAAUGAGAUAUGGUAGUGGCUUGCCAAAUCCAGUGUUUAUCAAGCCUCCAGAUGGUACUGAAUGGAAAGUGUAUUGGACAACACAAAAUGGUGAGGUUUGGUUGGAAAAAGGUUGGAAACAAUUUGUUGAACAUUAUUCCCUAGAUCAAGGACAUCUCAUUUUCUUUGAAUAUCAAGGAACUUCCCACAUUGAUGUACUCAUACAUGACCAAAGUUCUUUGGAAAUAGAAUAUCCUUAUUGUGAUGAAAAGGACAACAUUGAUGAUAAUAAUGAUGAUGUAAUAUUGGAUGAAUGGCCCGAUCAGAAAUCAAAACAUAUCACAGAAAUGAGAAGCCUGGUCAGAGAACUUCAUCAUAAUUGGCCAAAACAGAAAAGAGCACAGGAAGUAGCAAGCAAUUUCAUCUCAUGCAAUCCUUUUUUCACGCUUUUCAUAAAGCCAGUUCAUGUGGUACAAGUCCAGAUGGCUAUACCAGAUUUGAAAGGCAUUAUUGAGAAGAAGGAGAAGUAUGUGACGCUGCAGUUUGGGGAAAGAUCAUGGAAUGUAAAGUUCUCCUCUAGUCACAAUAACUCCACUUCACGUAGCAGACUCUGUGCUGGUUGGUCCUUGUUUGCAAGAGAAAGUGAAUUGCUACCAGGAGAUGUUUGUGUAUUUGAACUCAUUAGCAGGGAGGAUUUAGUUUUCAAAGUUCAUGUUUUCCAAAGCCACACUUAA